AUGUGUGGAAAGAUGGAGCACACCCACAUGGAACACAAGGGUUUACUUGGUGGAGAAUUUAAAGAUGGAAUUGGUGCCUCAAUCCACAAACCCCCACCUUCUAGCACAUCUAGUAGGCCAAAUAGCAUGGUUGUGAAGAAGGUGUGCCCGCGGGAGUUCAUCCCGCCGCACAUCGUGGCGGAGGCAAUUUCGACGCUGCACGGUCUGGACCUGCGGUGGUCGGGGCCGAUCACACCGAGCGAGCGACUGUACGUGGAGCAGUACGUGCUGGCCAAGUACCCGCAGUACUCGCACGGCCUUAUCGAGGACGGCAGCUGCGACAUGGACGACAUCUACUCCACCUACUACAGCAGCAGCACGACGACAUCGCCGGAGGUUGGAGGAGAGCGGCGGCGAUCAUCACCGGUGGGGUCGUCAUCGCCAUCGGUGAGGCCAGACAUGGUUGACAUGGUCCGGCUGGAGCCGUCGCGGCUGCUGGACAUCCUGACAAAGAAGUCGUCGUUCCCGGGGAGCUUCAUCUCGAUACCAGAGAUCCAGGCCAGGAACCGGGUGCUCCGCCACUAUGGCCUCACCGACGACGAGUACCUUGUCCUCUUCGCCCCCACGCCCAGGGAUGCCAUGAUGCUGGUGGGGGAGAGCUACCCGUUCUUCCGCAGCAGCUACUACAUGUCGAUCCUGGAGGAGGACGGCGACUGCAUCCGCGCCUUCGCGGCGUACAAGGAGUCCAAGGUCAUCGCGGCACCGGAGUCGUGGCUCGACCUCCGCAUCAAGGGCUCCCAGCUCAGCCAGUACUUCCGCCGCAAGUCCAAGCACGCGCCUAAGGGACUCUUCGCCUACCCCGCCGUCUCCCCCUCCAACACCGGCAACCGGUACUCCCUGCACUGGGUCUCGGAGGCGCACCGCAACGCGUGGCACGUGCUCCUGGACGCCACUGCGCUUGCCGUCAGCGAAGACCGACUCCCGCUCUCGCUGCACCGCCCGGACUUGGUGCUGUGCACGCUUGGCGACACCACGCGCGCGCGGGUGGAGGAGCAGCAGCCGGAGGCCAGGGUCGCCUGCCUGCUCGUCAGGAGAAGGUCCUUCGACACCUCUCUCCAACAGCCGCAGAAGCAGUGAUACAUACUACUACUACACAAGUUGAUGUAGGCACGGUGUCGCUCGCGUGCAUUCCAAUCCUUUGUUGGGCCGAGAGAAAGCCGCACAGAUCUUAAAGCACUCGUGUGUAUGAUUAUUGCCUCUUGCCUCUAAGCUGUAACAGGCGCAAUCAAACAGUGAUUGUGAGCUUUGAGAUCUGUGCGGUUUUGUUCUUAAUUCCUUUUUGGGGUUAUAGCUACCGAUGUCCGAUGGUGUUUAAUUUCUCAGGUGUAAGUAAGCUCGGUUUGUCACCGGGCAUAUCUUUCGUUGGAGUUCUAGAGCAGAGCCCCGGUCUCAUUUCAAUACAAAGCAG